AUGGCAAAUAAUGAAGGGAAUGAAGGAGUGCAGCACCAGGAAUUUGUAGAUGCUGAAGAUGAAGCAGGAUGGGUAGGAGCAGCGGCAGGAAGUAGCGGAGGAGGGAUUCGGAUGCCCAGUGGUUUGAGGUUAGGUCAACCUAACAUGAACGUUGUGUGGCGAAAAUGGGAGAAAAUGUUCGAUUUCUACGCAAAAGCCACCAAGUUUCGACUGAAGGAUCCGGAAGUCCAAGCCGCGAUAUUUAUGUACUCGAUUGGACCGGAAGUGGAGGAGAUUUAUGAGAAUUUUAGGCUGACAGAGGCUGAAGCAAAUGACGUUAACGUACUGAAGGCAAAGUUCAGGGAAUACUUUGACCCAAAGGGCAAUGAGGUUUAUGAGACGUAUACGCUUCGGCAAAUGCAGCAAAAGGAAGAUGAGCCGGUGGAAAUAUUCCUGACGCGUGUGGAAACUCAAGCGAAGAAUUGCAGCUAUCCGAUUGAAGUCCUCGACAGGAUGAUUCGAGAUCAAUUGGUUAUUGGUAUAAAUAGCACAGCAAUUCGUGAAAAGCUGUUGCAGACUGAGAAUCUCACGCUGGAGAAAGCUGUGAGAAUCUGCAAAGCUAAUGAGAAAGCCGCCAAGCAUACCCAGAUGAUCUCAGAGGAGAACCGGUCGCAGUCAGCAGUGGCAGUUCUGAAGAAGAAGUCUCAAAGUGAAUCAAAAAGCAAAACAAUUGACUGUAAAAAGUGUGCAAGAAGUCAUGCAGUCGGGAAAUGCCCUGCAUUUGGAAAAAAGUGUCUCAAAUGUGAUGAGACGGGGCAUUUCGCGGCUGCAUGUGCAAAGAAAAAGACUAAAAAAGUGAAAGAAGUGUCAAAGGAGAAAAGUGACGACAGUGAUAGUGACGAAGAGGAUGCUCAUGUGGAGUAUUUGAAAGUGUGGUCCAUCCGGGAGUCGUCACACAAGAAGGAUAUUUGGAAGGAGACAAUUGAAUGCGCGGGAAAGACUCUGGUGGUUAAGAUUGAUACAGGUGCUGAAUGCAAUGUAAUCUCCAGUGAAGUGAUUGCGAAAAUGCCAGAGGCACACAUAGUGCAUUCAAAAGUGAAGAGAUUGGUGGCGUUCAAUGGCGGUCUCAUCAAAGUCCUGGGCAAAGUUAAGCUACCGUGCAGGGUCAAAAGUUUGACGUUGGAUCUAUGGUUCCAAGUCAUUAAAGGAGCACAGAGAACCAUAAUAGAUGGGAAUUCAGCUAUCAGGGCUAACUUGUUGGCACGAGUACAGGGACUUAAGGUGUCAGACGACGUAUUUGAGGGUCUGGGUUGUGUAAAGGGAUUUGAGUAUGACAUCGAUCUUGUGGAUAAUCCUCAAUUUGUUGUACACCCAGCCCGUCAGAUUCCUUAUGCGAUUCGAGAUCAAGUCCGUGCUGAAUUGGAUGCUAUGGAAAAACUCGGUGUCAUAGAGAAAUGUACGGAAGCUGCAGAUUCAGUGUCUCCAUUGGUGGUAGUCAAGCGUAAUGGAAAAAUACGCCUUUGCGUCGACUUGACGGACGUGAACUCAAAUGUCAAGAGGCGUCAUUUCCCGCUUAGAGGAAUUGAGGAAAUUGCUGCUCGAGUGGCCGGAAGCACCAAAUUUACUCUGCUGGACUGUACAAAAGGAUUUUGGCAGAUCAAGUUGACACCGAGAACCACCAGAAUAUUGACAUUCUCAACACCUUGGGGAAGGUAUUCUUGUAAAAGAUUGCCUUUCGGGUUGGCCUCAGCACCUGAAGUGUAUCAGUGUCUGAUGAUGCAGCUGCUAGGAGAUAUGCCCAACGUUGAAGUCUCCAUGGAUGAUGUGCUGAUCCAUGCACCCACCGAAGAAGAAUUGCGUGACCUAACAGACAAGGUUAUCAAAAAGCUGCAAAAUCGAGGUCUCAAGCUGAACAAGGAAAAAUGUGUGUUCAAUCAAAAUUCUCUUAAGUUUUUGGGGCAUAUAGUAUCAUCGGAGGGAUUGAAGAUUGACCCAGAGAAAGUCGAUGUUGUGCAGAAACUGAAGGUCCCAGACGACAAAAAGAGUCUUCAACGUUUCCUUGGAAUGGUAACUUAUGUGGGUAAGUUUAUUCCCAAUCUGUCACAAGUCACGGAACCUCUCAGGCAGCUUUGUAAAACUGAUUCUGUGUGGCUUUGGGAGUCAGAGCAUCAGAAAACGUUCGAUAAAAUCAAGCAGCUUUUGAGGACCGCCCCUGUUUUGAGAUAUUAUGAUGUAAACAAGGAUGUAACCCUUACAGUAGACAGUUCCUCGAAGGCAUUUGGAGCCGCGUUGAUGCAGGAAGGCCAACCAGUGGCGUACGCAACGAAGGCGUUGACCAAAUCAGAGCAAGAUUGGCCGCAAAUAGAGAAGGAGGCAGGGGCCAUGAGAUUCGCUGUCAGGAAGUUCCACGACUACAUAUGGGGAAAAAAGUUGGUUAUUGAGACAGACCACAAGCCUCUUGAAACCAUUUUCAAGAAACCAACUACAAAUGCUCCGCCCAGGCUGAAACGUAUGUUGUAUGAUGUGAAACCUUAUGACCCCAUUGUCGUAUACAAAAAAGGAUCUCAAAUUCCACUUGCAGAUGUUCUGAGCAGAGACUGUGAGCCAGUUGAGGACACGGAGUAUGAGCUAUCCGAGGAUCUGGAAGUGAAUGCAAUUUCGUGCUUGGAGAGAGAGGCGGAGCCUCGAAUGGUCAAAGCUACAGCAGAAGAUCCCACAAUGCAGAAACUGUGGAAGAUUAUUCACAAGGGUUGGCCUAGCAGUGCGAAGGAAGUUUCAGCGUGCAUCAGACCGUACUUCACAUUCAGGGAUGAAUUGGCUUAUGCAAAGGGGAUCAUCUUUAAGGGUUCACAGUGUGUUAUACCCGAGAAAGAGAGGAAAACUGUACUGGAAGCAAUUCACCGAGGACACUGCGGGAUACAGGCGGCACUGAGAAGGGCCAGGGAUUUUGUAUAUUGGCCCGGAAUGUCGAGUCAAAUCACCGAUAUGAUUGAAAGUUGCGGAAUUUGUCAGCAGACCAGAAAUCAGAAGCAAAAGGAGACAAUCUUGAUGAAGCCAGUGCCAACAUAUCCAUUUCAAAUGGUAGCGGUGGAUUUGUUUCAUUACAAAGGCCAUGAGUAUGUCCUAAUGGUAGACUCAUUUAGUGGUUACUUUGAUUUUGAACCUCUGAGAGUUACUACGGCAGCAUCAGUGAUAGGAUUUUGUAAGAGGAAAUUUGCUGAUCAUGGAAUCCCGGAAGAGCUUCAUUCUGAUGGUGGACCCCAAUUUUCCAGUUCAGAAUUCAAGGGUUUCUCGAAGGAAUGGGGAUUCAAAGCAAUUGUAUCGAGCCCCUAUUUUGCAAGAUCGAAUGGACUUGUUGAGCGAUAUGUUCAAACCGCGAAGAGGCUUCUAAAGAGGUGUGAUCUUGACGGGCAAGAUAUUAAGAUGGCAAUUCUGAUGGAGAGAAACACACCAAGACCUGGAUUGAAGUCACCAGCUGAAAGACUCUUUGGUAGAAUCACAAGAAAUCCAUUGGUGAUUAAUAAGGAUGUUCUGGUUCCAAGUUGGCUGGAUAACCAAGUGGAGAAACUCUUAGCUGCCAGAGAAAAGCAAAAAGUACACGCUGACAAGAAUGCUAAGGAUCACAAGCCUUUUGAAAAGGGGGAUAAAGUUCAGCUUUGGGACCGAGGCAAGUGGUUUACGGGUCAAAUUGAUGAACCUGUGACUGAUAGAUCUUAUAAGGUACAACUGGACGAUGGCAGAGAUGUGAGAAGAAAUUCCGCAUUUUUCAAAAGGUCAAAGGUCACGCAAUCAAGAAGGAGUGAACAGAACAUUGCAUUGGGGGAAGAGGAUCUCCCUGAGAUGUCAGAAACAGUAGCAGAGCAACCAUUGGGAAGUAACAUGGCUGAGGAAGUAGUACCGGAAACUGUGGAAGCACCAUCUGCACCACCAGGUAGAAGCCAACCCCAAGUCACAACGCGAUCCGGAAGGGUGGUGAGGAAGCCUGAUAGGCUGAAUCUUUAA